UUUGCUUUCUUUCUUUCAGCUGGUUCCAUCCAAGGACCCAUCAGCGUAUGAAACCAAAUCUUUCCUAGGCCCGCCAAACCCAACCCAACUGGGGGUCAUUCAAUUUGCGGGAAGAUUCAGAUUUUGUACUCCGACGUAUUCUUCUUCUCUUUUUUGGGCUCCCCUUUUGUCCUUGUUAUCAAUCAAUCCAAUAAUAAUAAUCAAAAGAACCGACAAAAUCUUCUCCUAGAAUGUUGCAUUAGUUCAUUCAUUCAACAAACUCAAGGAUAUUCACAUCACACUUUGGCAACCAGUUAUGACGACUGAUACGACCGCACCGAGUUAUUGGCUGAACUGGAGGUUCUUGCUGUGUGCAAUAUGGAUAUUAGCAGCUAUGGUAGGUGCAGCAAUUUUAAUAUGGAGGUUUGAAGGUUUUACUAAGUCAAAAGGCAAGCAAAGAGACUUUCAGAAGAAAAAGGUUGGAGUUUUGUACAAAGAUGAAGCUUGGAGGACCUCUUCCAAAAGAAUACAUCCUGCUUGGUUGCUGGCAUACAGAGUCAUUGCCUUCAGCAUGCUAUUAGGAAUUCUCAUUGGAGAUGUUGUUCUCCAUGGUGCCCGCAUAUUUUACUUUUACACCCAGUGGACAUUUACUACGGUUAUCAUAUACUUUGGGGCAGCAUCUUACUUCUCGCUACAUGGAUGUCUCCAUUGUCACAAUGAAAUUUCCGGAGCUGAUUUUGUUCAUUCAGAUGCAGAGAAAGGAACUUACGUGGCCCCUUCACUUGGAGAGGAUAGAAAUGCACACUGCAGUCCAAGAAACUCCAAUUCACAUGGAGAGCCUUGUGCUCGUAAAACUGCUGGUGCAGGGGGUUAUGCCUUCCAAAUACUUUUCCAGACCUGUGCAGGUGCUGUGGUGCUGACUGACAUCGUUUUCUGGCUCAUACUCUUCCCAAAAGCGCACAGACUAAAUUUUGUAAAGAUGUGCUUUUGCCCACUGCAGUUUAAAGUUUGUAUGCAUUCUGUCAAUGCUGUUGCCCUCUUUGGUGAUGUGACUUUGAAUGGCCUGCGUUUCCCUUCCUUCCGAGUGGCAUAUUUUAUUUUGUGGACAUCGAUGUUUGUCAUUUUCCAGUGGAUUAUCCAUGCCUUUGUUUCUAUGCAGUGGCCAUAUCCUUUUCUGGAUUUGUCUUCCCCGUAUGCUCCCGCCUGGUAUUUGGGCGUUGGACUGCUUACAGUCCCAUGUUUUGGCAUCGUUGCUCUUGUAAUCAGGAUCAAGAAAUCUCUUGUCUGUCCCAGAAUAACACUGGAACGUGAGGUGGGAUAGGAUCGAAUCUUUCUUUCCAGCAAACAGGUCUCUCAGUCAUUCUUUUAACAGGAUAUCCACUUCUUACAAGGAAGCUUGUGGAUAUAUUUACCCAAUUUUUUUAUGGGAAAUCGUCUCCCGUUUAGUUUUGUCAGAUCGGACAUUAUUAAUUGCCGAGUUGAGAAAUAAGCAAAUGUAAACUUUGUAAACGCUAUAUACUUUCAAAGUUCAUUUGUGUUUUAAACCUUCCACUUGUGUAACCGGUCGCUUUCCAUUAAAGCAACGACGACCGGUCAUGGAAUGGGAUGAUGCUCAGAUGGAUUUUCACCUAACUUUUUAAGGUGGAAAUUAGUAUUAAAAAAUCCAAAUAUGUUAAAUGGGAAAAUGAACAAUUCAGCC